AUGGAAGAGUCAUUUUCAGUUUCCUCCAUAGAUGCUGCACUAGAAUUUGACUAUUGUACAUUGUUUGCUGUUUUAAAGGUAUAUCAAGAGGUAAAGGUGAAAGUAAGGGAUGCUGUGAUCUCAUUGAUUGAUCAAGAACGUGAAGGCAAGCAAAUCAAUCAAGCUUUAUUGAAGAAUAUAUUGGAUUUAUUCAUGGAAAUUGGCACGGGACAAAUGGAUUAUUACAAAGAAGAUUUUGAACCAGCUUUGAUCAAAUAUAGUGCUGCGUAUUAUUCCCGUAAAGCUUCAAGUUGGAUUCUAGAGGACUCCUGUCCUGAUUAUAUGUUGAAGGCAGAGGAGUACCUAAAACGAGAGGAAGAUAGGGUUUCUCAUUACUUGCAUUCUAGCAGUGAGCCCAAGCUGCUAGAGAAAGUUCAACAUGAGUUGCUAUCUGUAUAUGCAAGCAAAUUACUUGAAAAGGAGGACUCAGGAUGUCGUGUAUUGCUCGGAAAUGAUAAGGGUGAGGAUUUGUCGAGGAUGUUCAGGCUUUUCUCUAAAAUACCAAAAGCAUGUCACUGCCACGGGCACUGUCUUGGUCAAACAAGUGGAAGAUGCAGCUGGCAGCAAGGCCAACAAGAAGAUUUCGUGAGGGAAGUGAUUGAGCUGCAUGAUAAGUAUGAGGCAUAUGUGAAUGAUUGUUUCCAGAACCACGCCCUUUUCAAUAAGGCAUUUAAAAUGGCUUUUGAAACCCUUUGCGACAAGGGUGUUGGUGGAAGCUCAAUGGCAGAGCUAGUGGCUACUUUUUGUAACGAUAUACUAAGGAAGCGAAGUAAAAAAUUGAGCGAUAUUGAAGAAACGCUUGAGAAGGUAAUAAAGCUGCUCUCAUAUAUCAGUGGCAAGGAUCUUUUUGCUGGGUUCUAUUGGAAGAAGCUUGCUACACGACUUCUCUUUGAUAAUAGUGCCAAUGAUGACCAUGAGAGAUGUAUGCUCAUGAAAUUAAAGCAGCAAUGCGGUCCUCAGUUCACAUUAAAGAUGGAAGAUAUGGUCACGGAUUGGACAUCAGGAAAGGAUCACCAAACUAUUUUUGAAGAGUAUCUAAAAAAAAAUCCAGAUGCAAAUCCUGGCAUUGACUUGAAAGUCACGACUCUGAAUACUGAUUUUUGGCCGAGUUACAAGUCCUUCGAUUUGAACCUUCCGGCAGAAGUGCAAAAGGGUGUCGAAGUUUUCAGGGAAUUCUACCAGACAAAAAUGAAGAAGCGAAAGCUUGCAUGGAUUUAUUCAUUAGGGACGUGUAACAUUAUUGGUAAAUUUGAGCCAAAAACCAUGGAGUUGAUAGUGACAACAUACCAGGCCUCAGCUCUGUUGUUAUUCAACUCUUCUGAUAGACUGACUUACUCGGCGAUAAUGACCCGGUUGAAUUUGACUGAUGAUGAUGUUGUGAGGAUUCUCCACUCCUUAUCAUGUGCCAAGUACAGGAUCCUUAACAAAGAACCAAACACAAAAAGCAUUGCGCCUACUGACCACUUUGAAUUCAACUCCAAGUUCACCAACAAAAUGCGGAGGAUCAGGAUUCCUCUUCCCCCUGUGGAUGAGAAGAAGAAAGUGAUAGAAGAUGUCGAUAGGGAUCGGAGAUACGCAAUUGAUGCCUCAAUUGUGCGUAUCAUGAAGCAUCGAAAAGAUUUGCGUUAUCAGCAGCUGGUCUGGGAGUGUAAGGAGCAGUUGUGUCGCAUUUUUAAGCCUGAUCUUGAGGCAAUCAAGAAAAGGAUUGAGAUAUUGAUCACUAAAGACUACAUGGUGAGGGAUAAAGACAACGCCAUUUUGCUCAGAUAUGUGCCAUGACAUUUUCUGGAUGCUCGUCCAGAUGGAGUGACUGCUCCUGCAAUGGCAGGGGAACAAGUUUCGAGGUCCCUUUGGUGGUGGUGCUGAAAACAAUGUAAUCACGUCUAGGGUGUGCAACCAAAACAAUUCUACCUAAGAAGCGGACCGCACCACCUGAAAAAUGGGUCUAGGACUGUUUCCAUUGGAACCGGGACGGGAAUGGGUUCCAAAAUUUUGAAACCUAUUAAGUGAAUACCCACUCAAGAACCGGAUCAAAAUUUUCUAUAAAUGAAUGGGGAAUUGAGUUUUAUAAUUUAUGUUUUAUGUUACAUAUUUGAUUUUUUUU